AUGUCUUUUUUCAGCAACCUUUCUACUAGUGGAGGGCAAGGACUUGGGUUUGGAGGAUCUUCAACCAACUUCAAUUUUGGCACCCCCUCUACAAAUACCAAUUUGUUUGACAAUAAGUCAUCUCUGUUUCCAACCCAAUCUACAUUGAAUAAUUCAAAUAAUGCUUUAUCUAGUAGUUUUCUAAAUUCUGGUUCAACUAGCACCAAUUUAUUUGGUACUUCAAAUUCAAACCAAAAUCAAGGAACGGGAUUAAAUUUUGGGGUAAACUCAUUUUCAAUGAGUAGCACACAACUUGGUGGCCAAAACCAAUCAGUUACUUCAAAUAUGAUGAAUUUGCCACACCAGCAAAGACAAGAACUUGAAAGAAUAGAGAAGCGAAAGUCAUCCUUACAAAAAGGGCUCUCAUUACAAAUGAAUCCAAGCAUGACUGCAUUAACUUACCAAUUGGAUGAGAAGGCUCCAGAAAAGCAGCAAGAAGUAGAUAAUUAUAUAUAUUACAACUUGAAUGACGAAGGAAUUAUUAAAAGUUUGAAUGAUGCAAAAAAACUGAAUCCAAAUCCAAGUAAAUGCUAUACCCUCCCAAUAAAAGGAUUCGGAGAAUUAGUACAGAGAGAACAACAACAAAGAAAAGAACUGGAAAAUCUGCUGUGUGAGAUGAAAUCUGUAAAGGAUGAAAACGUUAAAAUUCUUCAGACGUUAAAUACCAGUACAAUUAAAAGAGUUGAAGAGUGCAAAAAAAGGCAUCAAAGUAUUAUUCAUCAACUGGUUCAUAUUUCAUGCAUGAUUGAAGAAUACGGUGAGAAAAACCACCUUGCUCAAGUUAAUUAUCAAUUAGAUAAUCAACUGAAUCAGGUUAUGUAUCAAAUACAAGAAAAUCAUAUGAGACUUGGAGCCUGGCAGUCUUCAAUUAAUCAAAUUGAAACAAAUAUUAAGUACAUUGAUGAACAAUUGAAUGAGAGUGAUUCAAAAAAUUGUAAUGACCUUAAAAAUCUUCUUGAAAGUUCUCCUAAUAAAUCUACUAAUAAUGCUUUUUCUGAACACUUUAGCCCUUCUGAUCAAAAAGGCUCUGAAAACAAUAAUUCAAUUUCUGAAUUAAAUAGAUUACAGCCAACCCAACAAUUAUCCUCAUUAAACGGAACAUAUUCUGACGUUUCUAAGAACUCCAGAGAAGUCUCUAUUAGCUCUCCAAGUAAUGUGGAGGCCAUUUUCGAGACUCUAGAUAGUCAGCAACAAUUAUUAGAGUCACUUAGUGAUACCGUCAGAAAUGAUUCACUUUUAAUUCAACAAUUUAUCUCCAAAGUUUAA